ACUUGUGAAGUGUGUUAUUUCGCGAUACUUAAUUAUUUAUAAACUGAAGUUAUAUCGUUUAGAAAUUUAAAGUGAGUCUAGCGCCAGAAAAAGAGUUUAGUGUCAUCAAAGGGUUGUAAAUAAAAUCCAGUACGCCAUUCAUAUCCGUCAUAUCGGAACCACGGGAUGUCCGAAAUAUCGCGAUAUUUUAACGAUUGAUACACUGGUGAUACGUAAGCGCACGCGCGGAGGUGUACAACGCUAUAGUCGGGUCAGAUAAUCAGGGGCGCGAGCGCGGUUACAGUUUGCGGAAGUGGAAGAGUUUCGUCGAGGCUUUGAACAAACACGUAGACAUAAACAAGCACAGAUGUUUUGGUGUGAACUUUCUGCGACCCCGUGAUGAAGAUCCAUGGUAAAAUCCUGACCCACUACCUGUUCAGCGGUGCACCUGAUAAAGAGGGAUACCUAUACAAAAAGGGGGAACUGAACACAUCCUACCAGAAACGUUGGUUCUCCCUCAAGGGGAACCUGCUGUUUUAUCGGGAACGCCGGAGCGAGCGCGAUCUUCUGGGCGUGAUCGUGCUGGAGCACUGCAUCGUGCAGCUCUGCGACUCUGAAGAGCACUUUGCCUUCUCUGUGUCGUUCUACGGCGACGCUGAGGACACAGACGGCCUGCGCACGUACAAGUUCUCGGCUGAGGACCAGGCGAGUCAGGAGAGCUGGGUCAAAGCCCUCCACUCGGCCCACCACGGCUUCCUCAAACUCCUCGUGCAAGAUCUGCGCCAGCAGUACCUCGACGCAGCAAGAAACGUCGGAGUCAACCCGGUGGACAGCAUGUCCACAAAGGAAAAUAUGCGUCAUCUUCAGAAGCUUCACAAAUGCCCAGUCGCAAACUCUGUCUUUUACGAAAACCAGGCGCUACAUGCCCAGCCCACCAGCUACAAGCAAGCCCCCAAACGCUCCCCUAAACUUUGGCCCAAGCGCCACAAUCUCGGCCCCGGACCAGGCAUUUCGGAGUGGGCGGAGCCUAUGCAGGACUUCUGCCAAAUGCACGAGCACUUCGGACAGGAAGUGAGGCAACUGGUGGCCGAGUGGCAGAAGAAGAGACUGGAAAAGACUGCGCAGCAGGCUGAAGGAAAUCUGAUUGACUUGGGGUAAAAAGAAAAGAGAGAACGAGAGAUGCUGAAACUACGUAUUGGCACCUGUCUGGCCUUGUAACUUCAAAAUGUCUGAAUGUUAAGGUAUUUGUGUAUAAAGUCAUGGUAGGUGGUGUGACGAUAUCACAUUAUUUUUACAUUAUUUUACAAUACAUGGUACUUGUAUAACAUUGACCAACUCUAUUGGUACAGUAAUACGUAGCUGAUUGGAUGUUAUAAUCUUUUAAUAAUAGUUUUGUCAUUUAUUUUUUUAACAUUUUAAAAUAAAAAUCUUUUGUUUAUACACUUAAAUGUGUUAUAUGGUCUGUUUGCCGUAUUUCCCACCCCUUAGGUGGGGAAAUAAAAAAUAUAACUUUAUAUAUAUAUAAGUAGUCGUAAAAAUAUUCAGAUUUUUUUUUUAUUCCUUAUUAAUUAAUUUUUUGUUUUUUUAAUGUAGUCUGAGACACUGAUCUGGAUUUUUGUUGUUAUUUUCACUGAAUACUAUAAUUUAAUGUAGCUGUUUUAGAUUAAAUUUGAUAAAUAAAUCUUUUCUUGAGUUAUGGAUUCAUCCUUCUUUUUUUUUCUUUUUCUUUUUUUUUAUAAAAGCAUUCCUUAAAAAGCAUUUCCCAAGCUGACACCGUUCCAUAGAUUGAGCUUGUUUAUGUGGAAUGUGUUAACUGUUAUUUAGUUGACCAGUUACAUUGAAAAAACCCUGUGGGGUUCAAGUCCAGAGACUGUGAUGGUCAUUGCAAAUUAUUGAUUGUACAUGUGUGUAACCUCCUAUUUAUUCCCCAGGGAAACAGGAACUUACCCAUGAUAGAACCACUGGAGCAUGUUUUCAAGAAUUUUUAGGCAUGUCAAUAAUGGAUAAUUCCACAAUCUUGACUAAAUCUCUUAUGACAAAUUUUCAUUUUUAGGAUAAAGGGAUAUUUUUUUUCUUAUAAGGUACAGAUACUGCUGGAGCUGACAGUAAACAGGUGCAGUUUUAUUGCCACUCAACAGAAAAGUUCUCUAGAUGCUGAGAGGAGCACAGAUGGCGGGGUCAGAAAGGUUGACAUGCGUUUUAAGGAAGAGAAAGUGAGCAUGGUGGUGUCCAGGAGCAUCAA